CCAUGGAUGGCCCCCUCAUUUAUGUAAGAAAACAGAGAGGAGAAGGCAACCAUACUAUCCAUUCCAUCUCCCACAGAAGGACAAAAUAAAUGUCUUCCUUCAAGGCACCUCUUGUAGGUUAGCUCAAUUGUCUUCAUCUAACAAUUCAUUUGUCCAUUGCAAACUUCAAGGAUUUGAGGGGGGGAUAUGGAGGAUGGCAGUGGGACCAAGAAAAGAGAGAUUGAAGAAGGACAGCAUAGAGAAAGCGAGAGAGAUGAAGAGAAAUGGGUGUACGAUUCGUCUGUCGAUUACAAGGGAAGGAUCCCUCUCCGUGCUUCUACCGGCGUGUGGAAAGCCUCCCUCUUCAUCAUCAUCAUGGUGCAGCGAUCGAGUUCAGUGAGAGACUGAGCUACUUCGGGAUAGCGACGAAUCUGAUAUCUUACCUGACUGCUGAGAUGCAUCAGGACUUGGAGACAGCGGCGAAAAAUGUCAACUAUUGGGCAGGCGUUACCACUAUGAUGCCUCUGCUUGGCGGGUUCUUGGCAGAUGCAUAUGUCGGAAGGUUCAACAUGGUCGUCUUCUGUUCCCUCAUCUACCUCGUGGGCCUGAGUCUCCUAACAAUGUCUAAUUACAUCCCCCGCCUAGGCCCGUGCCCUGACUCACCCUCAUGCAAGAGCCCGUCAAAGACCCACGAGGUCUUGUUCUUCCUCGCCCUCUACUGCAUCUCCCUUGGGACGGGGGGACAUAAGCCCUGCCUGGAAAGCUUCGGGGCAGACCAGUUCGAUGAUGACCACCCUGGGGAGCGCAAAAAGAAGAUGUCCUACUUCAACUGGUGGAACUUUGCACUCUGCUGCGGGCUCUUUCUAGGCGUGACCGUGAUAGUGUACCUCCAGGACCAUGUGAGCUGGGGAGUCGCUGAUCUCGUCCUCGCCGUAACGAUGGCAGUCACGAUUGUCUCGUUUUAUUGUGGGAAGAGGUUCUACAGGUUUAGGCUGCCUGAGGGCAGCCCUUUGACCCCAUUAGGGCAGGUCUUGGUUGCAGCCCUGAGGAAGAGGAAGUUGAGGUGCCCUUCUAGUGUGGAUGAUCUCUUUGAAUUGACGAGAGCUGAAAAGAGAGAGCAGGGGAGGCUCCUGCAGCACACCAAUAGGCUCAGGUUUCUUGACAAAGCCGCAAUAAUGGAUGAAAGGGACAGGAGAGCACCCGAAGGGAAACGCAACCAUUGGAGGUUGGGAACCGUGACGAGGGUCGAAGAGACCAAGCUUGUCAUGAGCAUGAUCCCGAUAUGGCUCACUUCACUAAUGUUUGGAGUUUGCGUUGCACAAUCGUCAACUUUUUUCGUCAAACAGGGUCAGUACAUGAACCGGAAAAUUGGGAAAAGUUUCCAGAUCCCGCAAGCCUCCAUCUAUGCCCUUGCAGCUGUUGGAAUGAUAAUUUCUGUUACCUUCUACGAGAAAAUCCUCAAUCCGGCACUUCGAAGAUCGACAGGUAAGGAGAGAGGCCUCGCCAUCCUCCAGAGAAUUGGAAUAGGGAUGAUAUUUUCAGUUGUGGCCAUGGCGGUGGCGGCAUUGGUUGAAAUGAAGAGAUUGAGGGGUGUCAAAGAAGGGAUAGUUCCAAGCGUGUUUUGGCUGGCUCCUCAGUUCCUGAUCCUUGGGCUAGGUGACGGUUUCACCUUAGUCGGGUUGCAGGAGUACUUCUACGAUGAGGUACCCGACUCGAUGAGGAGCCUAGGGAUUGCAGUGUAUCUCAGCGUGAUUGGGGGCGGGAGCUUCCUCAGCAAUUUUCUGAUAACUAUCGUCAACCGGAUGACCAGAGAAGUGGGUGGGAAGAGUUGGAUCAGCCGGACCCCGAACACAAGCCGGCUCGAUAAAUUCUAUUGGCUUUUGUCGGCAAUGACCGUGUUGAACUUGUGCAUAUAUGUGCUCGUUGCUAGAAAUUACACUUACAAGAAUGUGCAAAGAAAUGAUGUUAGUGAUUAUAAGGACAUCGAAGGAGUUGAAUUAGUGACCUGAAAAUAUAGAUUCCAGUUCAAGAAAUAAAAUCGCUCUAUGUUCUUUGGUAUUUA